AUGGGUGGUGAUAUCCGCACCCAGUUCCUCAGGAGCGAAGCAUCCGUCGGCAUCACCAGGGAAAGCUUCACCCGCCGCUUCCUCUACGCCGCCGACCCCCACUCCGACAACUACCUGCUCGACCGCUACGCGCCCACGCCCUCACAACUCCAGGGACUCUCCAUCGAGCAGGAGAAGGGCAUCGGCUACCUCAUGGGCGAAAUCAUCUUCCGGGCGGGCGAGUCGCUCCGGCUGCCCGUCUCCACCACCGUCGUCGCCGCAGCCAUCGCCCACUACUUCUACUCGCGCCACGGCUUCCUCGACCACGACUUCCGCGACGUGGCCAUGGGCGCCACCUUCCUCGCCUGCAAGUCCGAAGAAACCCUUCGCAAGUCCUACGAAGUCUCCGCAGUCUUCGACCACGUCUUCAAAGUAACCCCCAGCUAUAAAGGUCUUCGAGGGACAGCGUUCCCCAGUGAAGCCACAGUCUAUCGACUUUUCGACAUCCCGCACCGCUACAUCGGCGGCCUCUUCAUGACCUUCGACCGCCACCCUGAAUCCCGCCGCAUCUGCCAGCUCUCCUGGACGCACCUCAACGACUUCUACCGGACCAACUGUCCCCUCUUCUACCCCGGCCCCACCAUCGCAGCGGCAUCGGUCUACUUGGCCAUGCUGAAGCUGGGCGUGAGGAUGCCUAACGUUCCCUGGUGGGUGCUGAUCGAGGCCCACCUGUAA